GCGGGCUGGCGGCGGAGCCUCGCGAAGGUUCCAGAGCCGUCUCGUGCGGAGGGCGGGCCGCCGAGUCGCGCCGGGUCGGUGUAGCGCGCUGCCGGCGUUGCGACGCUCGUGGGUGGCGUGUUCGGCUUUUUCUGUCUGCUUCGGUGCAGCGCUGCAGCUCCGGCCUCGGGUCUGACUCGUCACAGCAUGGCUUCUUCCGCCUUGGAGGAGUUGCAGAAAGACCUAGAAGAGGUCAAAGUAUUGCUGGAAAAGUCCACUAGGAAAAGACUACGUGACACUCUUACAAGUGAAAAAUCCAAGAUUGAGACGGAAUUAAAAAACAAGAUGCAACAGAAGUCGCAGAAGAAACCAGAACUUGAUAAUGAAAAGCCAGCUGCUGUGGUUGCCCCUCUUACAACAGGAUACACCGUGAAAAUCAGUAAUUAUGGAUGGGAUCAGUCAGAUAAGUUUGUGAAAAUCUACAUUACGUUAACUGGAGUUCAUCAGGUUCCCACUGAGAAUGUGCAGGUACACUUCACAGAGAGGUCAUUUGAUCUUUUGGUUAAAAACCUCAAUGGCAAGAAUUACUCCAUGAUUGUCAACAAUCUUUUGAAACCUAUCUCUGUGGAAAGCAGUUCAAAAAAAGUCAAGACUGAUACAGUUAUUAUUCUAUGUAGAAAGAAAGCAGAAAACACACGAUGGGACUACUUAACUCAGGUGGAAAAAGAAUGCAAAGAGAAAGAAAAGCCUUCCUAUGACACUGAGGCAGAUCCUAGUGAGGGGUUAAUGAAUGUUCUAAAGAAAAUUUAUGAAGACGGAGACGAUGACAUGAAGCGAACCAUUAAUAAAGCGUGGGUGGAAUCAAGAGAGAAGCAAGCCAGAGAAGACACAGAAUUCUGAGGCUUUUAAGUCCUCUCGGGGACCGUGAUGUGGAAGGCUCAGGUUUCCAGUGAGGGGUGUGGUUGGACUACACAUAUUUGUUCAUGUGGGUGCACAGCCUUUAAAGUAAAGACAGCAGAUUCUCCAUUUCUUGCUGGAGGAUUUGAUUUAAAUAAAUAAGCUUAUUAAACUUUU